UGUAUAAACAAUUUUACUUGCUUGAUGUGAUAUCAUAAAAAUUGAAUAUAAAAUAAGCUUAAAUCGAAAUGUUACGUAAUUUCAGAAGGUGCUUAUUUCUUAGCCCACAAUCUCAAUUUGUUUUAUCCAAACAAACCUUUCUAACCAAUGAGUAUAAAUGCACAGAGGCUUGGAAUACGCAAACGGCUUCUCCGUUAUUGACGAAAGUAAAUCUUCACGAUUUUUACAAUAUAUUAGACCAAAAUUACUCUUCUAAAGGCGUAAUAAGUGCAAUCGAUGUAGACAUUUUCGCAAAUGCGGUAAAAGAUCCUGCUUACCUCGAUGAACUUAAAGAUCUCUUGCAUAAGCUACGUCUUUCGGCCGAAACUGGAAAUACUUUGGAAUCAACAAAUCACGCUACUAUACGAAAUUUUAUUGAAUUUGGAAAUUUACAAGAUUUAGUACAAAUUCUAAAAGAUCCCUUAAGUUUUGGAUUAUUUUUAGACUUUUACUCAGCCAACAUAUUGUUAGAUAAACUAAUAACUACACAGAAUUAUGAACUCGGUGCGAAUGUUGCUUCCCUUAUUAUGUUACAAGAAGAUUUCUCCAAUGAAAUAACAAAUACUCUAUGUCAAUAUGUAUGCUUCAAACAUUUGACAGAUUAUAAGGUAACACCUAUUGAACCGCCACCCCAAGAAGAAAAAAAUAAGAAAAAAGAAGAAAUAAAAAUAAGAGUAAAAUUUUUAAGAAAUCCUUAUUUUGAUGAUCAUUUUGAUAUAACAGAUUUACAGAUUUUGUCUGGAAAAACUUUAGCUUGGAUAUCAAAAACAGUGAAUGAUAAUGUUAGCUGUAAUUUACAACUAAUUGGUUGGUUAUUCUAUAAAAAAUAUGAAAAAUUAUUAUCUUUGUGUGAAGAAUUUGCUUCUAUGAAAACAUUUAAAUUAUAUACAGAAGUAAUAGACUUUAUUAAAAGAGAAUCUGAGAAUGUGGAAGAUGAUGUUAAAGAACUUUUACUGAAAUCUAUUAAAAUACUGGAUAAAGCUUCUUUUGCAGAUAUCAAAUUAGAAGAGUCUAUUAAAAUUGCUAUAGAAAAUGCUAUUAAUAAAAAACAAAACAAAGAUAUAAUGGAACAAAAAGAGUUAUUCAAAAACUGGGAGUCAAUAAGGGAGAUUAAACUUGAAGAACAAUCUAAACGUUUAGAUAGAACAAAACGAAUGAAACUCGUAGAAGAGAAGCAGAAACAAUUGCAGGUAGAAGAACAGAAAUUAUGGUUCUUUGAAAAUGAAGAGAAUAUUGAUUUACAAAUUGAGGAAAAAGAACAACUGGAAGAUACUGUUACUAAAUCCAAAAAAGUAGCUCAACAGAUCACUGACGAAAACUAUAUACCACCUGUAAUUUUGCCUAAGCGAAAAUAAAAUUAAGCUAUAGAAGACGUAAA